CGCGCCCCUACGUGCCCCGGCGUGACGUCAAUCGCUCGCAUUUGAUUGGCGCACGAGAAUAGCGCGUCAUGACUGGAACCAUGAUGGGCGACGACCGCAGCAGCUACGUGCCCAAGGCGGCGACGGCCGCCGGCCCGCAGACGUACUUCGUCGAGCUCACGGCCUUUCCCGCGCGACGCCAAGCGCCGGCCGUCGCCCGCCUCGGGCACGCGCGCUACGGCCGCGAGUUUUGCCGCGCCCAGCGCAAGCCGACGCUGCCUCGGACGCGGUCGCUGAGCUCCGUGGCGAGCCCGACCAAGGCACUAUCGUAUAGUACUACGCACUUGUCGGCGCGUGACGACAAGUGGCGUGUGCUUGGCAACCAUCUCUGGGACGAGAAGUGCAAGGCCCUCGCGACUGAGCUCGAGACGACGCUCGCGCUCAGCGGGGCCGCCACGUGCGAGAGCGGCGGCAGCACUCGGUCGUCUCUCUCGGUGAGCCAACUCGGCAAUCUCGAUGCGUUUGUGAACGGGUACUUGCCGGCACCGCGCCUCUCUCUCUCCACCGCGCCGGCGCCGGCGUGUCCGUUCCGCCUCAGUCCCGCACGGCGAGCCUCGACGUGGCGGCAAUGGCGGCAGUACCCCGCGGCGAAGCGCCUGCCGCAGCUGCUGCCCCACGUCACCUACGACGAGCUCUUGCAGCAAACGAGUUAUGCGCGCGCGUUAGAGCUCAAACUUAAACGCGAGCGUGAAUACAAAUGA